AUGGAGGAAGGUGGGAGCAGCCGGGCGGCCGUCCUCCCGGACGAGCUCAUCGUCGAGAUCCUCGCGCGGCUGCCGGCCAAGUCGCUUUGCCGCUGCAAGUGCGUGUCGCGGGCCUGGCGGACCCUCAUCUCCGAUCCGGACCACCGCGGCAGGUUCGCGCAGACGCUGUCGGGGCUCUUCUUCUCCCGUCACCGCGUCAGCCACCCGCCCUGGCCCCAUGGAUUCGUCGGCCUGCCCACGUCUCCGCCUGGGGUCGAUACGGCUCUCUCCUUCCUGCCCCCCACCUGCUGGGACAUGGGUCUGCUGGACUCUUGCAACGGGCUGCUCCUCUUGCGGGGCCAGGACACAAGGGAAUGGCCUUCACCACCGCCCUUCUACGUCGUGUGCAAUCCGGCCACCGGGGAGUGGGUUGCAGUGCCCCAACCGAGGCACACCCAGGGGCUGUACGGUCCACAGAAUACCGCGUCCUCCCCUUCCGGUCGCUGCUCCCCCGUCCCCGGCGGCACGCGCGAGGUCCGGCUCCUCCCCUUCUGGCCGCGCGAGCUCCUAGUCCGGUGA